UCUUCAAUUAUUAGAAUAAAUCUCAUCAAUAGUGUGAGUAUAUCGUGUAAACAUAUUUAUAAUAAUUAAAUAGCUACGUUUAAAAAAAGUAUGAUGCAUCAAUGUUAACCAUUUACAUCAUUUAUGUCGAAUGAAAAUGAAUGUUUCUUUCGGAUAUUUUGAAAAAUGGCGCGAAAAAUUUUUUACACCUUACGAAUACAGAGAUUUCUACUAACUGAUAUUCUUUUGCAGUUUAGAGGAAGGAUGCAAUCAUGGUGAGUGAUUCGUCUAAAAUUCUCGGGCUAGUCAUCAAGGCCAUUAAAAAUCUUCGCGAAUUGAAAGGAUCGACUUCAAAAGAAAUCUUGCAUUAUCUCUCGUCUGUCUACGAUAUAUUACCAAAUGUAGCGCGUCGUCAGAUGCAAACGGCUUUGAAACGCGGGGUGGCGUACGGCAUCUUGAAGAAGAAUGGCGGCCAUUACAUUUUACCGACGAACGGGGAUAUAAAGUGUCAAGAGAUCGCGGAGCAAGAGGUAAAUCUAUUGGACGCCUGCCGAAGAAGCAGGAUGCAGCGGAAGAUGGGGUGCAAAUGCAAAAAACGGCGCAAUCGUGGGAGGAGGAAGAGGAGAUUCUGCAGAUGCAAGCCUAGGAGACGUAGGCGUAGGCGGGCUGCUCGAGGCGGAUGCCGAACUCGUAGAAGGCGGAGACGGUCUCGUAGCCGAAGAAGAAGGAAAAGGAAAUGCCCGUGCGGCGGCACGGGGCGCAGCGGCAACUUGGAUCGGCUGAAAAGGGCCCCCACCUCCCAACAGUUCGACAAAUUCUUCCCGCGGAAAUCGUUGGAAGGUUACGAUUCCGCGGUCAGCGAGAAGAGUUCGUUGUCCAGUGCCUCUUCGAUGGAGUAGAAAUGCACAUAAUUCCCCAUGGUGUGUACACCUUGUAAUUUGGUAAGGUGUAAAAAGUUUGGGUAGAGUAUUGUGUGUUACUUUUUCUUUUCUUUUUAUGGAAUCAUGGGGAUGUUUGAUUUAUUUAUAUUGAAAUUGAUGAAACUGUGAUAAUCAUGUAUGUAGUUUCUUCAUUCAUUUCUUCAUUUCUUCUAUCAAGACUUUAGAGUUUUCAGCGAGAGUUGAUUUGACAAAAUUGUAUUAAUAUUUUUGAGAUUCGUCUGAAAAUUUAUUAUUUUGAAUUAAAAUCAAUAUAUAGGGAAUGUUAUUGUAAAAGGAUUGGUUUUGAUCUUAAAUAGGGAUUACUGAAAUGUCGCGGCCAAUUUCUUUUUGUUUUAAGCACAAGAUGAAAUAGGGUUGAGCAGCUUGUACGAUAACAAAGCAAAGCUUGAGGCAGCAAUUUAUUCGAGAAGCUUUUCUUGAGGGGCGUAUUCCUAUGUUUUGUAAAGUAGCAAAUUGAUAUGAUGGUAAACAGCUCGGGGAGGAAAUGGAAAAUGGUUUGAGAUAGAAUCAGAUUUACCGGAAAGGAAGAUUGAAUGAAAUUUUUUUUACUGCAAUAAUGAUGAUUAAUAUUUGUUUAAGAAAAUUAAAAGUGGAAGAAAAAAUGGUCAAUCAGCUUGAUU